AGAGGACAUGAAGACGACGGACGACAGAAAGUCCGCAGGUCGGCUGAUUCUGUAUGCAUCGAAUCCCAGAUUUACAGCGUGGUGAGGCGCCAAGGACUUGUUCUGUAAUCUGAACUACUAAAGUUCACGAACACAGACGUUCAGCAGCCUCUCAAUUCCUCCAUUCCCCGGGGGCCUUCCCCUUCGAAGUCAGAGCCCCAGAUCAUUCGCUCGUCCGGCUACAUUCGGAGGCUCCCAAUUUGCUCGUCCCAGCUCGAAGUGCGAUGGUCUCAUCAUCGAGUUGCUCCGAGUACAGACAGCGACAUCCAGUCCCUGCGGAAUCUGCACUCCGGCUGUACGCUCUGAUCGCUUUGUCGUUGGAGCUGCUGUAGUCGUAGACUCAUCUUUCUCACAUCCACUUUGGUUUGCUCUGAGCUCACUCCAGCGUGUUUCGAUCGGGAGCUCACGCGCAUUUACAGAAUCUCGAAUGCUGCAGCAACUUGCCCAAGGACCGGCAACUCCAAGAGGGACACUGAAUAUUACCAAGCAGAGCAGAACAUCAUCCGCGUUUCACUUUAUAAUCUCCAGCGCCAUAUUUUAGAGCAACUCAUGUGUGCGUUCUCCGUUCGCAGUACAACUCUUGUGCGCACCGUCGCACCAGAGCACUGCUGUCUGUAGCAGCUGCAGAGUUCGUUUGGCUGGUUCGUGAGUUUCGGAGAUUACAGCGUAGAAUUCUGACGCCCUGUAUGUAGGAGGACCAUGGGCCGACAUCACUGAAGGGUUUAUCGAAAAUUUGCUCGCGCUAGAGCUCGAGCUCGAGCUGGUGGGAUCAUCGAUCGGCGAGGCUUGCGUGGAGCUCCAGCUCGAGGGACGAAGAGCAGCAGAAGGAGAGAUGGAGACUCCGACGACGCCGGUGCUGGAUCCGUCGCUCGAACGUAGUAACUCCACAAAUUACGCAGGGAGUGAAAAGAGCUACGACAAAAACUACACUCGAAGUGCACGGAGUAGUUUCGGGUCCAGGAACGGAGAUUAUGGGGACUUGGAUUUGGCCCAAUUGCGGCACUCGCGGAGCCAGAAAGAUUCAGGAUUGGUCACAUUCAAAAAGUCGUUCGAAUCGCACAGGCCGAGUCUAGGAAAAUUCGGCAGUCAGAACUCGGUUUCAGCUCUGGACAUGAUUGCCAAUGGAUUGGACGUCGAAGACAUUCCAUAUUACGAUCUCUUUGUCAGGAACUUGUCGUACAAGGUGACUGUGAAAAGCAAGGGCGGAACGUCGAGGAAAACUCUGCUCAACAAUAUCUGCGCCCAGGCCUUCCACGGCCAAAUCUUGGCUGUCGUCGGGCCGUCCGGGUCCGGCAAGACCACCUUUCUCGAUGCUCUUGCAGGGCGUAUUUCUCUGAGCAGCUUAGAAGGGGCCGUGUACGCGAAUGGCGAAAUGAUCGAUGAAUCGUUCAAGCGCAUUUCGGGCUACGUCAUGCAAGACGAUGCACUCUUGCCCAUGCUUACAGUCCGCGAGACUUUAAUGUACAGUGCCCGGCUCAGGCUCCCAGGUCUCAUGGCUUAUGACGAGAAGAAAACUCGUGUUGAGAACAUGAUCAACCAGCUCGGCCUCAAGCAAUGCGCCGAUACUCGUGUCGGUAACGAGAAGAUUCGAGGAGUGUCCGGUGGUGAGAGGAGGCGAGUUUCCAUCGGAGCUGAUCUCAUUCACGACCCUCCAGUACUGUUCCUUGACGAGCCCACAUCAGGCCUGGACAGUACGUCUGCCCUGAAUGUGAUGCAGAAUCUGCAAAACAUGGCCAAGGCAGGCAGACGAACUGUUGUUCUGACAAUUCACCAGCCGAGUUACCGAAUUCUGGAGACAAUCAACAGAGUACUUGUUCUUGGACGCGGAAACGUGAUCUUUCACGGAUAUCAUGCAGGGUUGAAACAACACUUCGAAACCAUGGGCCGCACUAUGCCAGAAUAUGUAAAUGUAAUCGAGUAUGCUCUGGACACGAUCGAAGAAUAUCAAAGUUCAGCCGAAGGCCUCGAACCUCUCAUCAAUCUGCAAUUGGUGAACAAAAGAGUGGAGGAUCUGGAGCAAGACAUGGUAAAGUCAGAGGACCAAAACUUUCCGGCAGAUCCACACCCGGAAUAUGCAACCUCCGCAAUAUCUGAAGUAUAUGUGCUCUCGUCACGCAACUUUAAAAAUGUCAUGCGCACGCCUGAGCUCUUCUACUCUCGCUGUGGAAUGAUGGUGUGCGUGGCUCUCACAAUGGGAACCUUGUUUCUCCAAGCGAGGAUAAGCGAGAAAGGAGCGAGGCAAAGGGUUUCCUUCAUUUCCUUCACGCUGGCGCUUCUGAUAUUCACAUCCGUGGAAGCCAUGGGAAUCUUCCUCGAGGAGCGACAGAUAUUUAUCAGAGAAACCUCGCGAGGCGCAUAUCGAGCAGCUACCUACGUCAUUUCUGGCGCCAUAGUCAUCAUCCCGUUCCUGAUGAUUCUCGCAAUCGUCUUCUCGACCAUUAGUUAUUGGUUGGUGGGACUCGUCGCUGAGCCGGGCCCCUUCUUCUUCUUCACUCUCACUGUGUUCCUGGUCCUCCUCGUCGCCAACUCUUUCGUGUCCUUCGUCAGUGGAUUGGUGCCCAACUUCACGGUCGGAAACUCUCUAUGCUCUGCGGUCAUCGCCUACUUCUUCCUCUUCUCUGGAUUCUUCAUCGAGAGGAACAAUAUUCCGAAAUACUGGAUCUGGCUGCACUAUCUGUCGUUGUUCAAGUACCCUUUCGAGUCAAUGCUGGAGAACGAGUUUGGACAUAUACAAGGGACUUGGUAUGGUGACGUCGACUCCAACACGAUACUGUCACAAUAUUCUGCGGGCAAAGUACAUCAGUGGAUCAAUAUCCUCGUCAUGAUUAUCUUCUUCGUCGGCUACAGAGUCAUGUUCUGGCUCAUCCUCAAGUACUUCACGAAGAGCAUCAGGAAAUGAAGUCGCUGGACGAGUCAUUGUCUUCUGCAGAGUUUCGAAUUCUCACGACAGCCAAAGAGUAUGAGUACGUUAUAUUCCCCGUGACCACAUGAACGAGGCAGCCUCUCGUCCAAGCCAGCGCGAGGUCGUAUCUGUCCAGGGCUCUCUACCGUCCAUGCAAGGGUGAGAUAUCACGUCUCAAUUGUCCAUGGACACGUAAGGGAUUGAACGAUCGGUAGGGGAUGGACCGUAGAGUGGUGUGGAGAUUGAAAAUUAGAGAAGUACAAGCUCUGGAGGAGGAUCAUAUCCCCAAGGCCUAGGCUACGCGACUUCCUGUAAAUCAGAGUAGUGUCUGGGCAUUCUUUCUUCUGGUCCAGGAAGAGCUUCUGGGGGGCCCUCUUUCUCUAACUAUGGAAGCUUCGGCAACACAUUGAGUACUUCAGAAGGCAAGGAUGUGCCCCAUCUCAUCGGCCCCUAAGAGGCCGAUGAGAUGGGGGAUCCACGCAAGGCCCAUAAGACUUUUAUAGGAGGACUAGCGUGGAUCGGCAAAGCGCUGAGAUCCGGACAAUCGAGAUAAAAGGGCAUGAUGUUGGAGCUGUCGAGGUGUUGGAGAGCCGAGUCUUCCCGACGGAUGGUCCCAGGUAAGACAGCGCUUCUCGGCGAAAAGUCGUGAGCAACAGUUGAUGGAAUCUGCGCUUACGAUGGGUACUACAAACGGUGAUGCUAGAUGCUCAGCUCGAUACUCAGCUAUGUACUGCGAAAAACACGGCGUGUCUCAGGGUUUGUUCAGUCCAGUAGUGUCCUAAAUAUUCUACUUCGCUGCCCCGCUGCAGGACAAAAGUUGCAGCGUGUUCGAUGACCCCCUCGUGCGUUCAAGGCAAGAGAAUGGUAGUUGGACAUGGAAGGUUGGUGUGAAGUAAAACGGUGCCCCAAAGCCUGUGAACCCAAACCGACCCCAGAUAAACUAGCUUCACUCCUCCCAUUAGUUAGAAGCAGUAAUUUCCUCUCGAGUCUCAACCUCGGUGUAUAAAUGUAGACAAUCAUCUGGUCCGUAGUCAGUUUGUGAUCAGGUCCAAUUAAAUUCUUGGAUAAAAUAGUCACGACAAAAUAAAACUCAAGUAUCGAUAUGCAAUCUCAAGCUCCUCAUCAGCCCCCUCGCAGUUGUAUUGCGCCCUACCUGUUGCAAUCGAAGUGGAUAUCGCACCGACAAGUGCAUUACUUGCGAGAGAAAGAGAGACCUGUUCGAAUUUUUAGUGAAUCCGAUCUUCAAUGUCCCUAGGAUGUAAGAAUGAGAUUUUUCAGUGCGGAAAGUGAAAGCAAAAACAUUGAGUGAGAUCAUAAGUGAGAUCAGAAGCGUGUUCAGUGAGGGGAUUGGAACCUGAGCAGCUCCAGCUUCACAGCCUGUAACUUGGUACCGCUGGGAGACGAGGAGCUGAAUUAUUGACUGUAUGAAGGACACAUGGUUCUGAUCA